AUGUACUUGGAGUUGGGUGUGCUAUGGCGCUGGGGGCCUCUAAACCGCUGCCGCCUGUGCCUUACCGACAGCCGCAAGACGGAGACAAUUGGCACGUCACCGACAGGGGCGCCGCUUUUAGUAACCACAAAUCACGAGUGGCGACGGUCAAACGCCGGCCACUCCAUCGGGCGGCCGCCCGACUCUCCAAUCUCCGAGCUGGCUGACUUACUAGCUGGGUUAUUGCCACUAAAGGAAGUCGGAUGUCUUGUAACAGUACAGCAAACACCCAAGUCUUCAACCCUAAUGGAUCUAAAAGUGGAUAAUUUGUUGUUCGCUAUUGUUUGUGUAAUACGAAGAGCGGUUAUAAAUUCCCCAUCGCCGGUCCACCUCGGGUGCAAUUUGGCUUCGUGCGUGCCUCGUGCGCCGCCAGCUCUAUCAGGGCUGACGUCCAUCAUUCAUGCGCCGGUAUCGGCCGUAACUCACUCUUAUGGCCGCAAUAGCAAUUCAGCAUCGCUCCUUAUUUGCGGCAAGCGCUUGCAACGCUUCUCGACCGAGCCGAGCGCCUUCACCACCAACGACUCCUACACCUUUUGCGAUUGGAUGACAGGAGAGAAUUGCAGCCCGGCGAGUGCUUUCGCGACAAUAGGCCGCUGCAACGACGACAAUGCGCGCAUCUCUUCCACGCUAAUGAGCGCGUCCCGGCGAUGCGCGCGCGCACAAUGCGAGCGCGAUGGGCCCCCUGUCUAUCGCCGUGCGAAUCUCCCCCUAAGGCCGGUGACAGGGAACUCUCCAUCUCGCACGGCCGCUCGUGAAUCAGAUAGGGCGUCGCCUCAGCGCCAUCUAUCGCCGCGCCACGGCGAUCUAAAUAACCGCCCGAUCGGCCGGAUAAAUGGCCCACGUCGCCUUUCCCCGCUUGUUAGGCGCCCG